UAUAUCUCGAUCAAUAUAUAUAUUAUUAGCAACACUUUUCUCUCAGCCAUUCAAAUUCAAAAUCCCUAGCUCUUUUUUUAAUUAGCAAGAAAUAGCAAUGGCUUCAAGUUCAAUGUCUUCUCAAGGCUCAGGGACUUGGACUGCCAAGCAGAACAAGGCGUUUGAAGAGGCAUUGGCGGUGUACGACAAGAACACCCCCGACCGCUGGUCCAACGUUGCCAAGGCGGUCGGCGGCAAGACCGCCGACGAGGUUAAGAGGCAUUAUGAAAUCCUGGUUCAUGACGUCAAGUACAUUGAGAGUGGCCGUGUGCCCUUCCCCAACUACCGAACCACCACGCGCCGCUCCUCCGAUUAAUCAUCAUUUCAUCAACACUUCAUAAAAAGGUAGAAGCCCUACUUAUAUAUUCCACUAUAUAAUUCUAGGAAAAGUCCAUAAUCCCGACCAUUACUGAACACAACCAUGUAUGCUUUUAAGAUUGUACUGAAAACUAUCCUGUUGUCCAAUAUCUUAGAAUUUUCUCUUUGAAAACCUCAUAUGUAACUUUUGUCCGGUAAAAUAAAGAAAGAAAAUCAUUUCACAAGAUCCCUUACUAAAA